AUGAGCCACCGUAUAGGGGCUGUGAAAUCUCGAUCUGGAUGCAAAACCUGCAAAAUCCGAAGAGUCAAAUGUGGCGAAGAGAAGCCCAAUUGCCUUCGCUGCUCUAGCACAGGACGGAAGGGGGAAUAUGAGAGCAGAGGGGUAUCUCCCUGGGCUCCCUCCACACCCAGCCUCGAACUGUCGUCUCCAAAUCCAGGACGACGAGAACGUCGCGCAUUUGAAUAUUACUUCCAACAUGUGUCCCAACAUCUCGCAGGUGGAAUGAAUAUAGAUUUCUGGACGGGGGUUGUUCCGCAGAUCUGCCGCAGUGAGCCCGCUGUGUGGGAUGCAAUGAUUGCAAUUAGCGCAUUGUACGAAAAUCCAAAGCAGUGCAUGGACUUUCAUUUUUUGAAAGAUCGCCGAAACAAGGCACAUUUGCUUGAUCAUGCUCAGCAGGAAGCAUUGACAUGGUACACGCGAUCAAUCUCGGGUGUUUCUUCACAGAUCCAGCGAGGCAGCGCAGAUCCGUACAUUGCAGUCAUCAGCUGCGCACUGUUCAUCUGUGUGGAGACAAUCCAAGGACAUAUGGAGCAGGCCUUGGAGCUCUACCGACAAGGCAUCAUUUUGAUACUUGACCUCCGUGCCCAAAUCGGCCAUGGAGGAAUAUCUACCAGUAAGGCUGUUCUGUUGGAACGCAGCAUUGCUCCCUUAUUCCUGCGACUGGGCACAAGUUCCCUCACCAUUUCAGGGACUCAGUUUCCAACUGAACUUCUCGCCUUCGUAGAAACAGAUCUGAGCGCUGGUUUCGCAUCUGCCGAUUCCGCAAGAACCAUUAUAUCCGCCAUAGCUGCGGAAGUUGCUCUUUUUGAGCGCGAGGCGAAAUUACACCUCAGAGCAGUCGGUGCGGAUUCCGCUGUUAGUCCAGAAAUGGUCGCAAAAAAAGAAGCGCUUCGAGCUCGUCUCGAUCAAUGGCAUCGGGCAUACACCAAUACUUGCGAGAGAAAAAACUCAGUAUCCAAUGUUUCUAUAUACCCAGAGCCUAUCCUGCUCACGCAUCAUGCUGCUACUUUGAUUUGUGUGACAGGAUGCUUAAGGCAACAGGAAACUGUUUUCGAUAUCCACUUUAAAGACUUCGUUACUAUCGUCGAGCAGUCUAGGUUGAUUCUCGAUACCUCAGUAGGGCCAAAUGGUGCCCAACCACCCUUUACCUUUGAGCUGAGUGUGGGUGUCCCUCUCGCUAUGACUGUGUUGAGAUGUCGUGACCCAAGCCUGCGGCGAAGGGCUUUGGAUCUACUGCGACAAGCGCCUCCGAUACAAGGAUUUUUCAAAUGCGCUCCCGUGGCUGUUUUGUCGGAAACAUUGAUGAAACUGGAAGAGGGCUAUAGCCCUGCCCUGAGGCAAGUGAACACAGUGGCACUUCCUCACAAAGUCGAGGCAACUAGGUCGCAAGCAGCACUCAUCCCCGAAGAGGCUCGUAUACAUGACUAUGGCAUCUUCAGGCGGAAUGAGUGUCAACCUCCGUGGAUCACCGAGGAAGAUCUCGCACCAUUUCCACACGGCUCGAAUCAACUAUAUUUGGGAUUUUCAAGGAAUCAAUAUGACAACGAAAGUAGCACUUGGCGGCCGACUUUUCAGUGCGUACCGUUGGUGGCCAGUUUUGAAUGA